AUGGUGGAGUUUGAUUCACAGGUCGGGGGGGUAACAAGCGUUAUCGAACACUGCCGUUACGGAAACAGAGCAGCACUUGUCGGCCAACAUUUAAAACGAUUACACCCUACCAAACUCAAUCCGAACACUCAUAAUGAAGAUGACCCAGAUAACCAAUUAAUCCGGACUACCGAAAAUACAUUUAGUUCCUCAACUUCAGCAAUUUCUUCUAAUUUAUCAUCUCAACACUUGAUUUCGUCUCAAUUUUCUGAGCCACCUUCAAAACGGCCUCGUCAACUAAAACUCUUUGGUUCGACAAAAGAGUUUGAACUUAGUGAUUCUGAAAUUAAGGCUAUUAAUAAAUCUUUAAUUAAAAUGAUUGUCGCUGAUUAUCAACCACUCUCUUUAGUAGAAAACAUUGGAUUUAUUGAGUGUACUAAAAAAUUGCAACCACUUUAUUCUAUCCCUAGUAGAAAAGUAUUAACUUCACAAUUGUUGCCACAAGAAUAUAAUGUUAUGCUCCUUAAAAUAAAAUCUAUUCUUCAAAACGUAAAUGAUUUAUCAGUAACGACAGAUAUGUGGACAUCCGAUUCCAAUAAUUCAUAUAUAACAGUGACGUGCCAUUUUAUUUUUGACGACCAAUUAUAUUCACCAGUAAUUGCAACUAAAGGCGUUUCUGAAAGACACACUGGUCAAAAUAUAGCCGCUACUUUUACAAAUAUUUUUAAUGAGACGAUAGUAGGGCAUUUCAAGCACAGCAGUAACGCUACUGAAAAACUCAAAGAUUUUCAAUUGCAAAUGAACUUGCCUCUAUUAAAAGUUAAGCAAGAUGUGCCUACCAGAUGGAAUUCCAGUUUAAUAAUGAUUGAAAGACUUGUAAACAUUAAAGCCCCUCUAUCUGCUGCUAUGUCAACUCUACCUCAAGCUCCAAAUUAUUUAAAUGCGUCCGAGUGGGAGAUAAUAUUAGAUUGUACCCAUAUUUUAAAGCCAUUUGAAAUAAUGACAGCAGAAUUAUCAGGUGAAAAGUACCCAACAUUAAGUGUGGUUAUACCACUUAUUAGAGGUCUUCAACAUAUUUUAAAAAACUUGAAAACAAAAACUGAUAUUGGGGAUGUAUUUACAAAUAUGUUAAUGGAUAUAGUCAGUAGACCGUUGGGCAUUUUAGAAAAGAAUAAAAUUGUUGCAAAAGCAACAUUUUUAGACCCACGAUUCAAAAAAACUGCAUUUGGUUUACUUGAAAAUGCUAGUAAUGCGCAAAAAUGGGUAAGCGAAGAAUUAACAAUGAUGAUUAGCACAAAUAAUGAUAUGGAAAAUGAAAUGAAUACAACUGAAUCUACCACCACAGCGCACACAUUAAAUAGUACUAAUAAUGCAACUAAAUCACUAUGGGAGCAUUUUAAUAAUAAAGUCGCUGAAGUCAGAACUACAUCGAGUCCAAAUGUAACUUUCACUUUGAUAAUACGUCAAUAUUUAGAUAUGCCACUUUUAGAUCGUAAAAAAAAUCCAUUGGAAUUUCGGAAACAGCAUAAACACACAUUACCAGAUUUUUGUAACUCACAAUAUGAUUUUGUAAGAUUAUGUGAUUUAAAACAAGGAAAAGAAUAUGAGAUAGAUUUUUAG